AUGAACCUAAGACAAGUCUUUGUGUCUGUGCUGAUGUUUGGAGUAGCUGGUCUGCUCCUCUUCAUGUAUCUCCACGCUUGGAUGGAAGAACAGCAUACAG